GCCAAUGAGACGCGAGCGGCGGGGCGGAGCGUUUGACCCGCGAGCGAAACGGCAGCGCGCGACCUCGCUUUCCCUUGCCAGUACCGCACGCACGCGCUCCACCGUUGCAUGGAUUACGGCGUUUCCCUGCAGCUUCAGCACGAGCUCGCCGAGCCCCCGACGCGUUUACCGCGCGACUACACACUGCAGCUACAGAUGAAGUCAACGGAAGUGGAGCAGGGCCUUUUCACGGACACCUACUGCAAAGUGUGCAGUGCACAACUCAUCUCCGAGUCUCAGAGAGUGGCACACUACGAGAGUCGAAAACAUGCGAACAAAGUGCGUCUGUACUACAUGCUGCACCCGGUGGAUGGAGGCUGCCCGGCCAAGAAACUACGGACACACAACGGCAGCGAGGAGGGAGACGUGGACAAGAAUAAGUGUUGCACGUUGUGUAACAUGUCCUUCACCUCAGCCGUGGUUGCGCAGUCGCACUAUCAGGGCAAGAUCCACGCUAAGAGACUCAAACUAGUGCUGGGAGAGCAGCCUGGCAUCACAGGAAAAGAGGUGGCACCCAGUCCAGUUAAAAUGCCAUCUGAAAGCUGGCCACAGCUGAAUGGGGAUUCAGAUCGCUACUGCCAGCUGUGCCACGCGUGGUUCAACAACCCGGGCAUGGCGCGACAACACUAUGAUGGCAAGAAGCACAAGAAGAACGCAGCACGUGCCGACCUGCUGGAGCAGUUGGGCAAGACACUGGACAUGGGUGAAAUGAAAGGUCUGAAGCGCAGCUACACUUGCGACGUGUGCAGCGUGACGCUCAACUCGGUGGCACAAUACCACGCACACCUGCAGGGCUCCAAACACCAAAACAACUUAAAGAAUCAGUUAUGUGUCCAGUAAAGCCGUACAGGAAGCUAACUGUCAGAUUGAUUGAUGUCACACGGGCUUUGAUCGGCUCGCCCUGAAAUCUCUGCCUCUUCCCUCUGUCUGUUUCUUUCUCCAUUUCUGCAUCUUGUUGUCAUCAUCUGUCUAUCUCAACCAGGAAGACCAAACAAAUUUUUUUUUUAAACUUUCAUUUAAGCCCACUUCUGAUGUCAUACUAUACGUUCCAUUGUCCUGACUUUGAAGAUGCAUAGACUGCAUUGUUCACAUCAUGUUUGUGGGAUUAGUUACAGCUCAGUUGGAAUCGUAUCUUCUGUCUCGUCUUUAUGUUUGUGGGUUGAACGACUUCAACUUGCAUUCGUUCUGUCAGCCAGGUGUUGCGUGCAUGAGUGAUUUAUUCUAUUUUUUUUUUUCGAUUUUCAACCCAGCUAAGCAAUAUGUAUGGAAAAUCUGCCAAAUGUAUUAUUGAUUAAAUGGAUUCUGAUUUAAUAGCAACACUGAAAGAGAAAAAUGACAAAUAGUACUUUAAAGUUGGAUGUAUGUGCAUCUCACAUUCUACAACAAGGGCAUUGUGGGUAAUCUGAUAGGAGAUAUGGCCAUAUCAUCAGGGUUUGAAAUACAAAGAUCUCACCAGGUUUAAAGGGUUUAAAUUGACUAGUGCAACAGCUCGUUUGCACAAUGUUCCUCCUUUUACCCAAAAUAUAGUGGAUCAACCAAGACAUUUGGUGUCAGAUGUUUGCUUUUUUAGUUUCGCCCUGGAGCUGCGAGGCUAACGAGUACGAAAAACCUCAAGCCUCCUGUUUAGCUUCAUUUAUCUGCAUGCCUAAGCAAAGUUCAGACACCAAAACCUGUUAAUCGACUGUAUUUGGGCUAAUGAGGAAACUUGUGUAAAUUUUGAGAUUCAGUCUAGUUUUAAAAGUAUUGUGACUAUGUGUUCUUUUUAAUAUUACAAAAAAAAAAAAGUUCGUUUUCUUUUACCGUAUAUGGCAUAUGCUACAUUUUUAAGUGUGACUACUAAAUUCUUAUAGGUAUCAAUAUUAGGGAGAAUUACUCUAAGAACUGCAUUGUCAUUUUAUAAUGAAUGAAUUAGAUUAUUUAUUAUUAGAAAAAUAGCAUUUAUUUUUUAUUGUCAUUAAUGACUUACUGUGUAUGUUUGAAAGUCAUUUUAUGUUGGUUAUGUGUCUGGAUAUUUGUUCUUUUUUUUAAUCUGACAUUUAUUUUACUAUAAACAAUGGAUGCAUUAUAUAAUAUUGAGAGUGAUUUGAGUUUUUAAAGGAAAAGUUCAGAAAAAAAAUGACAUUGUAAAGCUAUGGAAUCUAAUUUGUGCAGUAGUAUGGAGAGUCUGAAUCUACCAAAUAAUAUAAUGUGAUAAAGUAUUAGCACAUUAGUACAGACUAAGGAUUUUUGCACUGGAGCUAAGAGGCUAAUGUAGCUAGUCCAAGAACAUCUGUAAAUUCACAAAUGACAUUGUGAAGCUUUGAAAUCCAGCUUUCCAGUAUAAUUCGAAACUAUGGUACACUUUUGGUCUAGCAUGGAAUUGUGCUAAGGAGAAACGUGAAUCUGGUUGUCCAAGAUGGCUGCACAUUCACACUACACAAUGAAGUUUGGCUCAUGUUUAUAGAUGUUUGUAUACAGGAAGUCUCACUGUGUCAAAAAGAUUUUGGGUGAGACUUCCAUUACAUUUGCAUAUAGCUCCAGUGGAAAACCAAAAAAGUGAACACCAAACAUGACAUGGCUGAUUAAUUACAAGCUGUAAGGGAAACUGUGUAAAUUUGAUUGUUUACUGAACUAUUCUUUUAAGAUGAUUCAUCUCCUUAAUGCUAGAAAAAAUUUUAAUAACAUUUGAUAUUAACGAUGCCGAUUCUGUGCACGAACAAGUCAGCAUAAAUGUUCUCAAAGUUUGAGUAAUUCGGUUUGCUCAUUGUUGCACUGAAGCUGUGUGUGAAUGGUAGCGUGUUCCCUUAUAGAGAGCAAGCUUCAGUUCUGCCUGAACACACUCCCUCCUUGUGCUAUGGAUCAUGCGAUCAGCUGUAAAUAUUGAAUAAAAGACGCUUGCAGCCCUCUUAA